CCACCUGGAUGUCCAUUCAAAACAUGGCUUCGGCUGCUGUGGGUGCCGCUUGUGGGUCUAGGUCCGAGCUCAUGGGCCCAACAAGGAACCCAGCCCCACUCCAUCAAAAUCGAGGGGGACAUCACGCUGGGUGGGUUGUUCCCAGUGCAUUCUCGGGGGCCAGCCGGGGUGCCCUGUGGGGAGAUCAAGAGGGAGAAGGGGAUACAUCGUAUGGAGGCCAUGCUGUAUGCUCUCGACCAGAUCAACAGCGACCCUGACCUGCUGCCGAACAUCACACUGGGGGCACGGAUCCUGGACACUUGCUCCAGAGACACCUAUGCUCUGGAGCAGUCGCUCACCUUUGUUCAGGCCCUCAUCCAGAAAGACAACUCAGAUGUGCGCUGCGCCAAUGGAGAGCCCCCUAUCAUCGCCAAACCAGAGAGGGUGGUUGGAGUGAUUGGGGCGUCUGGCAGCUCUGUGUCCAUCAUGGUUGCUAAUGUUCUCAGAUUGUUUGCGGUCCCCCAGAUCAGCUAUGCCUCCACAGCCCCUGAGCUGAGCGACAACAGCCGCUACGAGUUCUUCUCCCGCGUGGUGCCUCCUGACUCCUACCAGGCCCAGGCCAUGGUGGACAUUGUCAAAGCCAUGGGCUGGAACUACGUCUCCACCCUGGCCUCUGAGGGAAACUAUGGAGAGAGCGGUGUUGAUGCCUUCCUCCAGAUAUCCAGAGAAGCAGGGGGGCUGUGUAUUGCCCAGUCCAUAAAGAUACCCAGAGAACCAAGACAAGGGGAAUUUGAUAAGAUCAUCAAGAGACUUAUGGAGACCUCCAAUGCCCGUGGAGUCAUCAUCUUUGCCAAUGAAGAUGACAUCAAACGGGUGUUGGAAGCAGCCAAAAAGGCAAACUUGACAGGCCACUUCCUGUUUGUUGGAUCUGACAGCUGGGGGGCAAAAAGUUCACCUAUUCUAGAUCAGGAGGAUGUUGCAGAGGGUGCUGUCACCAUCCUGCCCAAAAGAGCCUCCAUUGAUGGGUUUGACCAGUACUUCACUUCAAGAUCUCUGGAAAACAAUAGAAGAAACAUCUGGUUUGCAGAGUUCUGGGAGGAUGACUUCAAGUGUAAACUAACUCGGCCUGGCAUCAAGUACGACUCCAGCAGAAGAAAAUGUACAGGUGAGGAGAGAAUCAGUCGAGAUUCCCAGUAUGAACAGGAGGGGAAGGUGCAGUUUGUGAUAGAUGCGGUGUAUGCUAUGGCUCAUGCCUUACACAGCAUGCACAUGGACUUGUGUCUCGGUUCCAUGGGUGUCUGUGACAAGAUGGAUCCUGUGGAAGGGAGGAUGCUUCUCCAGUACAUUCGCUCUGUAAAUUUCAAUGGCAGCGCAGGAACUGGGGUGAUGUUCAAUGAGAAUGGGGAUGCCCCUGGUCGAUAUGACAUCUUCCAGUACCAACUCUCCAACGUCAGCAACCCUGGCUACAAAGUCAUCGGCCAGUGGACCAACCAUCUCCGACUCAAUUCAGAGGAGAUGCAGUGGUCAGGUGGUGACCAUAAAAUCCCCGACUCAGUGUGCAGUUUCCCCUGUGAGCCCGGUGAGAGGAAGAAGAUGGUGAAAGGGGUGCCCUGCUGCUGGCACUGCGAACUGUGUGAUGGCUACCAGUACCAGCUGGACGAGUUCACUUGUGACACCUGCCCCUUCGACAUGAGGCCCUUGAAGAACCGCACAGGCUGCCGUCCCACACCCAUCAUCAAACUAGAGUGGAGCUCUCCAUGGGCCAUCAUCCCUGUCUUCUUGGCUAUCCUGGGCAUCCUCGCCACCUCUGGAGUCAUCAUCACCUUCAUCCGUUUCAAUGACACGCCCAUCGUCCGCGCCUCCGGCCGAGAGCUCAGCUAUGUGCUGCUCACGGGCAUCUUCCUCAUCUACUUCAUCACCUUCCUCAUGAUCGCUGAGCCCAGUGUGGCGGUGUGUGCAUUCCGCAGACUGCUGUUGGGGCUGGGCAUGUCUAUCAGCUAUUCUGCUAUGCUCACCAAGACCAACCGGAUCUACCGUAUCUUUGAACAGGGCAAGAAGUCAGUCACCCCCCCCAAGUUCAUCAGCCCCACAUCACAGCUGAUCAUCACCUUUAUACUCAUCUCAGUGCAGGUACUUGCCGUGUUCAUCUGGUUUGGUGUGAUGCCCCCUCAUACCACCAUCGACUAUGAGGAGCAGAAACCACCAAACCCAGAGUUCGCUCGAGGGGUCCUUAAGUGUGACAUGUCUGACCUGUCCCUCAUCUUGUGUCUGAGCUACAGUAUCAUAUUGAUGAUCACGUGCACAGUGUACGCCAUCAAGAGCAGAGGAGUACCUGAGACCUUCAAUGAGGCCAAGCCCAUCGGCUUCACUAUGUACACCACCUGCAUCAUCUGGCUGGCGUUCGUCCCAAUCUUCUUCGGCACAGCGCAAUCCACAGAGAAGAUGUUUAUUCAGACUACUACGCUGACAGUAUCCAUGAGCCUCAGUGCCACCGUGUCUCUGGGCAUGCUCUAUAUCCCCAAGGUCUAUGUCAUCAUCUUCCAUCCAGAGCAGAACGUCCAGAAGCGCAAGCGCAGCUUCAAAGCCGUCGUGCAAGCGGCCACAGUGUCCACGCACCUGUCACAGAAGUCUAAUGACAAACAAAACGGAGAGUCCAAGAUUGAGCCUGACAGAUCACAGUGA